CACGAGCGCUCGCUCACAGUGCGGCUCCGACGUCUGGCCGCGGCGCGCAAUCGCACAUCGCACCGACGUAAACAUGGCGACCGUCCGGGUUCAUUAGUUUAUGUGUUCGCCAAGUGCUGUUUAUUCAAAAGUUGACGGCGAAUUUCCAAUGCUGGCGACUGCCUGUGUGCACCAUCAACGCCCUAGCGAGACUCCACGUGCAGAUUAUGGAUGCGAAUAAUAGCGACGACACACUACAGUAGAUAGUGCCGCCGAGACGUUGACGUAACGACGCGUGAACAAGAAGAGGCACGAGCCUGCGACCGAAGAAGCCCAAGUGCAGGUACGAAGCCGCCGGCCGGCAGAAGAAGGACGCGGGGACGAAGACGACACGCACACACAACACACACGCCGACGAAGAAGUGAUCGUAGUAUAGUGGUGGCGUGGCGUGCGCGUUCCGUAACAAAAGACUCUAGUCAUGGGAAAACAAAACAGCAAGCUAAAGCCCGAGGUACUCGAGGAUCUCAAACAAAACACUGAGUUUUCAGAUGCUGAAAUUCAAGAAUGGUACAAAGGUUUCCUGAAAGACUGUCCAAGCGGCCAUUUGUCUGUUGACGAAUUUAAAAAAAUAUACGGCAAUUUCUUUCCAUACGGUGAUGCUAGCAAAUUCGCGGAGCAUGUGUUUCGCACGUUUGAUGCAAACGGCGAUGGCACGAUUGAUUUUCGGGAGUUUCUCUGUGCUCUGUCCGUAACGUCGAGAGGUAAAUUGGAGCAGAAACUAAAGUGGGCAUUUUCAAUGUACGAUCUGGAUGGCAAUGGGUACAUUUCCAGGCAAGAGAUGCUCGAAAUCGUCACGGCUAUAUACAAGAUGGUCGGUUCAGUGAUGAAAAUGCCCGAGGACGAAAGCACUCCCGAGAAGCGCACCGAUAAAAUUUUCCGUCAGAUGGACCGGAAUAAAGACGGCAAACUGAGUCUUGAGGAGUUCAUCGAAGGCGCCAAGAGCGACCCAUCCAUUGUAAGGCUGUUGCAGUGCGACCCCCAGUCCCAGUAGCCCAGGUACUGUCGCUACCACCUUAAUUACUAUGAUCCUUCUCUUUAUACAUAUUUCAUUAUUAUUAAUUAAUUUCUACUACACAAAGCAACAUCUGGCAACAACAGCAAAACAACGCAAAACGUUAUAUAUCACGAGUGAGGCAAAAAUCAGAAAUAUUGUAUUGUUUAACAUUUGUGUGUCAAUUCGACAACCUGAAGUAGAAUCGUGUCGUAUACUACCGAAAUCCAAACUAGACACAUGUUUUAUCAGGUUUUUCUUACUUUUUAGCAGCAGUUUAAUUUAUAUAUAAUUUAACUUUAAUUUAUAAGCGAAUCGAAACAAAAGAAUACAAACUGUAUGAUACACUCUUUUUCAACUGUGUGAUCGCGAGCUAACGAAUCGCAAAAAAAUGACGAAAAACUCCGUCGGCUUAAAACAAUGAAUAAAUGAAAAUUAGUUAAUUCAAAUGCGAACUGUAAUUAAUUGGAGAAAUAUUUAACAAAAACAUCACCCACGGAUUGUUUUCUCUGAAUUUUUGUGUUGGUUCUCGCAUAGAUUUUAGCAUCUUUUUAUUAUUAUUUAUGUAUAUUAAUUAUAAAUAUGAAAUUUCAA